AUGACCGCCGCCGCGUGGCCGGUCUGCACAAUCUGCUACGAGGACCUCCGCCCGCUCUCCGACCAGCACCUCUACUGCCUCCCCUCCUGCGGCCACGUCUUCCACGCCCUCUGCGUGGAGCAAUGGCUGGAGUACUGCCCUGGCGCGGGCGGCAAGAAGAAGGGCACGUGCCCCAUCUGCAAGCGGGCAUGCGGCGCCUCCCACCCGCCGACCCGCCUCUUCUUCCAGUCCACAGGCGCGUGCCCCACGCAGGCGUCCCCCCGCUCGUCGCAGGACGCCGACCCGGAGGCGCUCGCCGCCGAGGUCGCGCGCCUGGAGCAGAAGGCGGCGUCCCUUGGCCGGGUGCUCGACGAGCAGCGCGACGGGAUCCAGAAGCUUAACGCCGAGGUCGUCAGGUGGAAGGAGAAGGCGGCAGCGGCGGAGACGAUGCGGGAGGCGGCUAGGAAGGAGAAAGAGUAUGUGCAGCUGCAGCUCAAUGUGAAAACAGAGGAGCUGUCGAGGAGGACUACGGAGUGUGGGAGGUUGCAGGAGAGAAGCCUUGCGUUGGCAAAGGAGCUUGCUGCGCUGAAGCUGUCGACAGACAUGAACCUUCAGGAGGAAGAGAUCCUAAAGCUGGCUUCACUGGGUAACCAUGGUAAUCUUGAGAAUGCUGUUGACGUCCUGAAGAGAUCGCUUGCUCUUCGCAACAGGAGCUACAAAGAUUUGAUGGUCCAAUGCAAUCAUCUGGGAAGAUCUGAAACUCGCGCUAAGCAGAAGAUUGAGAAGGCCAGUGAGCUGAUAAAGAAGUUGAGGGCAAGGGUGCUAGACCUUCAGAAGGAACUGGAAGAAAAGGAGAAUAAUGUCAUCAGGGACUUGAGGUCUUCAAAGAAAUUUAAAGCAGACCAGAACCAGACAAAUCCAGUAAAUCCCACUGCUAAUAAUGGUUUGUCUAGUCCAAGUGCUAGAUAUGGGAAUCAAACUGCGAAGCGUGAUGACUUGAUGCAGGAUGGAAGCAACGAGAAGGCUCACUUGAACCAGUUGACUCCUGAAGCUAAAAAUGAUCUGAACUUGAAAGACAACAUGGACACGAAGUUUACAGAUGUGAUAGACUUAGAUGGUGAUGAUGACCACCUGAUAAAAUGUUCUACCAAGCCAUUUGGGAACAGUGAUUACACUUUGGAUGCACAGAAUCAGUCCGGUCGUUUUGAACAUGAUAACAACGAGCCCACGACAUUUCGAUGCGAGCCUUCCUUUUUGAAGCACACAGUGGCAACUGGGAAAUCAACAUUUCAGGAGAAUAUUAUGAAGACAAAACCCCAAAACGUUCAAGAGCUUCCCGUUUCGAGAAGCAUGAACGAUACAACCUCAUGGAAGAAACAAGCACUGACAAUUGAUGCCAUCUCUAAACAAGCAACUCGGCUGGCUUCUGGCACUGGACCUCAGCAAUUUCACAAUUUAAAUUCUCUUUCUGAUGAUGAUUUUGAAACACCACAUGGAAGUACUGGUCUGGAAGGGGCAAGAAGAGGCAUUGGCAAUUGGUCCAAGGGCAUGGCAGCACCUAGGUCUCUAAAUGCAAAUGCAAACAGGGGCAAUCUGAUUUCCGUGGGGCCUGACGGGCGCGGGGGAAAGGUGAAAGUCCUGAAAGAUCAUGGCCGGUUCCAGGGUAGCAAGACUCCAGCACUGUGGCCCAAAGCUCAGCAGAAGGCUGGAGGCAAAAGCGGGCAAUCUCAAAUAGAGCACUUCUUUGGGAAGAGAUGA